AUGGGGAGGGUGUCGUUGCUUCGCCGGCCAGUGGCCGUCACCACAGGAGAUCCGGAGCCCAAGACUUUCCACGAGGUGACACGUGUCGCGCUCGACACGAGCGAGUGGAGUUCUGCGGACGUCAACAACAUGCAGACGGCCAUACUAUCGAGGAAUCACCCCGAGUCGUUUGCGAUCUGCAAGUGGGUGGAUCCUCAGUCGGGAUCAGAGACACAAUUUCCUCUCCAACACGUGGUCGACUACGCCUUCUACAUCGACGAGUCAUGUGAACUUUUCGACCCCUUCAACGAUGAUGACGACGGUUUUCCAGAUGCAUCGGACCCGAUUUCCAGACCGGUUCCGGUCACUGUGCAAGCAGCAGGAUCAAAACGCAGCCAAUCCUUCCAUGGUACCAGUGAGGAAGUUGCUGAGCCUCCAUACCAAAGACGCCGAACCACAGAGGCCACUGAUUCUCUCCACAAGGAUGCCCUGAUUGUAGCGAGGCUAAGUCACGACCCCGAACUACUCGACCGUUUCCUGAACUUCCGUGAGCAGUCCAGGACUCAAGCGUCCGGUGCAUCAGCAGAUGAUGAAGAAAAACAACCGCUACCACCAUUGGCGUCGCCGUUCAAGGCCAAGAGUACGACCAAGAAGUCCAAGUAUGCGUUUUCGCCACAGCGAGAGCGCCAGGAAGUUCACGACAAGCUAACAUCGGAGCGCCACAGAGGCGUGUUGACUCGCGCGUACGACUACCAGUUUGGCAUUGAAGGUCUCUCGAUAAUGCACUUCAGCUUCAUGGACAGAAAGAAACGUAUGGAGUGGAUAGACUCGGGCAGUGCCAAUUUCUCGAACGUUUCGGCGACAGCGGACUUUGAACCAGCUCCAGCAGCCACCAGCAUCAACGACGUUGUUGGUGCGGUGCGCGUUUUCCAGGUGUUCGCGCGCGAAUACUGCGUCACUAGCGCGAUUGAGCUGGCGGAUGCCAUCAUUGGAUUUAUUGAGGCCAAGAUUAUGGCUCUGCGCUGGGAACCGGAGGACGUACCGGCCAUUGUUUACUGGGUGAACGACGUUCUCGAAAGCUACCGAAAUGCAGUCGCGUCUUCGGAUAAAGAUCCGGGUGCUAUUCGACUUCGAUGCACGCUGGAUGACCCCUUCUGCGUGAAAUAUUGCAAGAAGUCCAAGAACGGCAAAUUCAGCAAUUAG